GCCGUCCUGGGGGACCAGGCAGGAGUUUAAGACGGGCGAGUCCUGGCAGCUGGCACAGGGGGCUCAUUGGCAAACCAGGCAUGGCCAGCAGGAAGACCAAGAAGAAGGAGGGGGGUGCCCUGCGGGCGCAGAGGGCCUCCUCCAACGUCUUCUCCAACUUUGAGCAGACGCAGAUCCAGGAGUUCAAGGAGGCGUUCACACUGAUGGACCAGAACCGCAUGGGCACAGAGCCCAGCUGUGACCGUGACCUGGAGGAGGCGCAGGACCAGAUGGUGCCUCACUCCUGUUGCUGUGGGGUCCAUACGAGGGGGAGCUGCCCACGCAGCCGCCUGAACAGCCGGCCGUGUUUGUGGGCAGGUGUGGACGCUGAGGAGACCAUCCUAAAUGCCUUCAAGAUGCUCGACCCUGACGGCAAGGGCAGCGUUAACAAGGACUACAUCAAACGCCUGCUGAUGUCCCAGGCCGACAAGAUGACCAUGGAGGAGGUGGACCAGAUGCUGCAGUUCGCCUCUGUGGAUGCUGCGGGCAACCUGGACUACAAGGCGCUGAGCUACGUCAUCACGCACGGGGAGGAGAAGGAGGAGUGAGCUCCGGCCUUCAAUAAACGCGCUCCCACAAA